UUUACCCACCGACGUCAUUCAUAUGGUCUGGACACUGAGGCGCGCGGCUGCUCUCUUCUCGUCGUUAAUUGCGUUUCCUGCCGCCUGACAACUUGUUUGUCUGUGAGCACAUCAGCCGCCCAUGGGCGCUGCUGUAUACACCCUCUGCUGCUCCGCCGGCUGGGCUGUCCGGUGCGCCUCUGCGGUCGGUUCGGGACGGUAUCGGGCUCCGCUUUUAUGAAUGAAUAACAAGACGGGGAAAUGCGAGUGACUGUAAAAGUCCCGAGCAGCUGGGCUCCCGGGGGAGCAGCCACCAAUGAGAGGGAUUAACGACGGAGCGGAGCCGCGGCUCUAUGCGGAAAAGCCGACUGCAGACUGGCGUGGAAACGCACCGUGAGGGGAACGGGCUCGAUAGCGUUCAACAGCGGAAUAAAACCGCGGUAACCACAAUGUCCAUCCACAUUGUGGCUCUGGGCAGCGAGUGCCCCGGAGGAGUCGGCCCCGGGGAGGAGAUCAUGGCCCAGGGGCAGCUGCAGGGAGGCCUGCUGUGGAGCUACUUGGGUCACGGAGCGCUGGUGGGACCCUGCGACCUGGAGAGCAGCAUGCAGAACCCAGCCUUCAUGGAGUACACUUCACGUGUGUUUGGAGAUGUCAAUGUGGUGGUGCGGGAUUGUCCCAGUUGGGACUUAUUGGACAGCGAUUGGGCCAGCGUACGUAAAGUCCUCGAGCAGGCAGACAUUCUGGUCAUCAAAUAUUCAGUCACUGACAAGCUGGCUUUCCAGCAGGUCAGGAACGGCUACGCCCCUAGACUCCGCCCACUCCUGAGGCACUGGGGUGUACCUGUCAUACUGGUCGCUGUCGGUGCAAGGCUGAAUGAUGAAGGCCCACCGUGUACAUGUCCGCUGUGUGCCUCUGACUGGAGCAGCUGUGUGCCCCACAGCGAAGGUCUGCAGCUGUCCAGAGACCUGGGGGCCACCUACCUGGAGUUACCCUCACUGAACCAUGUGUUCGUUGGUCGCUACUUUGGCAGUGUGCUGGAGUACUUCAUGAUUCAGUGUCUAAAACACAAAGCCAAAGAGAGGCCAGAGAAGAGGAGAGCAAACAAAGUGAACGAGCUCCGUCCUCCUCACUUAGAGCAACCAGCCCGUCUUCCCCCCAUCCGAGUAGAAGAGUCCAGCUUCUCCCAGGACAUGCAGUGGUUGCUGGAGCGUGGCGUGCAGUUCGCCGAUGUGGCUUUCUAUGCAGGAGACUCUGGAAAAGAGCUGGGGUGGGCGCACGCUGCUGUGCUGUGUGCUGUCAGCCCAUACUUCAGACAGCUGCUCCUGGGGCCCAAGACUAGGGAACGUCCACAGUCACGGUGUGUUUGCAGAGAGCGGGAUGGAGGCCCACAUUCGCUUCUCUCCACCUGGGACGGGGGUAUUAUCGAUGACAUGCCCCGAUCAGAAGGGCACCUGACAGGACGCCUCUCUCGCCUGGUGGUGAAAGACCCCCUCCUGUGUAUGUGCCUGUGGGAGACUCUCAUGUUCAUAUACAGAGGAGCGUGGGAGUGGGAACACCUCCAGGAGGCCCUGGAUGAGAAGCUGAAGAAUUCGCUUGCUGUGGCUCAACUUAUGGAGCGCAUACGAUCUCUCAUCGGCAAAGACAGGGGCAACAGGGACACACCGAGCGCGCGGGCAGCUCAGCUCGGCCCUCAGACUCUCGUCAACCUCUUCAAUUCGCCUCUUUACUCUGAUGUCAUUUUCAUGGUGCAAGGGAGUGUAUUGCCAGCCCAUCGAGCAGUGCUGGUGGCACGCUGUGAUGUCAUGGCGGCCAUGUUCAGUGGGAAGUAUGCUGAGGCACGGAGCAGAGUGGUGCCCAUCCAUGGUGUCUCCUCAGAUACCUUCUUGUCUUUCCUUGAGUACCUCUACACUGACUCCUGCUGUCCUGCUAGUGUGCUGCAGGCCAUGGCAGUGCUGGUCUGUGCCGAGAUGUACCAGGUGAAGCGUCUUCAGCACCUGUGUGAAGUAUGCGUGUGUGCUUACCUUCAGAGCAUGCCCAGUAGAGAGCUGUCAUCGACAGGUAUCAGCGUGAUUCGGUUACUCCGCAGGGCAAAGUGCCACAAUGCAGAGCAGCUGUAUAUCUGGCUCCUACACUUCAUCGCCAACAACUACCUGAUCUUUAGUCACAAACCUGACUUCUUGGAGCUCUCAGAGGAGGAGCGGGAGCAGGUGGAGAGGCUGCGCUGGCCGUCUAGAGGCUACCUGCAGGAGCUCAGCGAGUACCAGCAGCGGCGGCGCAAGCUACGGAAGUCCCGCUGUAUAGUCAUGUGACCCCAACUGGAUGCCAACCUGAGGAAGACAGUGAGGGGGGAGAAGAGAAGGGAGACCAGGGAGACAAUAAAAGUGAGACUGGUCUUGAACAUCUGGAGAAACGGACAGAACAGAAAGUUUUUUUUCUGCAAGUGCUGCUAGACGAAGGGCUGAUUUGGAUGGAUGCUUACUCCUAAAGCAGAGACAUACCCGGCUGUGAUGGCCUUUCUCCCCCCAAAGGAAUAACUGUGUCCUUCGUUUAAUGACUUUUCUAUCAUGGGCAAUACAAAAUGACUAAUACUUUAAAUCCAAUAUGAAUUUCAAAUGACUGUCUGGCCACAGGCUCUGUGGGAGAUUAGAUAUCUAUUGGCAGUGCAAAAUGGAGGAUAUCCAAGAUGAGCAGUGACAAUGAAAUGGCUCCAUUAUGCGAACAGAUACAUCAAAUGACCACACAGCUGUUGGAACAGACCGGGAUCAUGGGCAGACUGGUUCAAGCUGCAGUAACGGGUAACAGGACUUCUUCAGGUCGAAAAAGCAGGAAGGAAACUGCUGCAGUGUUUGAUUUCUAUCAGAGGAUUCUCCUGUAAGAUUGACGCUGGACCACUCCUUCCUGAAAUAAACCUUGGCCCAUGUUGA